AGCGAGCUCCUCCUCACUCCUGGAGACAGGAGCUUCAGCCUACAGACACUGAAAAGGCAGAGCACUCGCCUUAUCCUAACAACUGGGCAAUUCUUCUUUUUAUUCUUUUUAUUUUCCCUGUGACUUCUUACAAAGCAUCUUAUUCCGAGGAUAGGGAUUGAACCGACACAGAUUGAUGAGUCGUAUAAGGCUGAAGCUGAAUAGGAUCUCAUUAUUAUUUUGGAAAGAAAAGACGGGAACUGUUAAGCUAUCCAUGUCAAAUAGGUGCCUCUAUCUGCCGGCUUAUCAUCUUCUGUCUGUCUUGGAGAGAGAAACAGAGAACCAUGAGUGAUGAUUCAUGUCACCUUUCGUAGUGUCAUGGCAUCAUGUCCAUGAUUUGAACAUAACAUGGAAUUUUAGUUUGAGCAGAAGAUCAUUUUUUUCACUCAGCUCUUGAAUAAAUACAUUUAAAAAAAAAUAUCCCAAAUUUGGAUGGUAACAACUGUGUUAUGUUGAGUUAUUGUAUCGGAAAUUAUUUGGGAGGUCCACUAUUCCAGUACCUAACCAUGGAACACUAGCACAAUAUUACUUGAAGUAGUUUGUAGCCAAAUAUAAUUAGGUGGUACCUUAUAUUGUACCAGUAUUUUAGUUUUUACGCAUAAAAUAAGAGAUUACAUUACUUGGAUAGAUUAACAAUAAAGAGUCAAUCUGGAAGAUCAACGCAAUCUAAAGGACCCUCAAGACAUUAAGUCAUUAACCAUGGCUAGUGUUCUUAAACGAGGGGGCCUCAUUAUUUGGAUGGUCUUAAUCUUUGGAUGCAUGGUGGAUAUGGGCUUUGGCCUGGAAUUCCCAGGAACAGAAGGCCAGUGGACUCGCUUUCCUAAGUGGAAUGCAUGUUGUGAAAGUGAAAUGAGUUUUAACAUGAAAACGAAAAGGUCGAGUGGACUUGUCAUUUACUUUGAUGACGAGGGUUUCUGUGACUUCUUGGAGCUGAUUCUAUAUGAAGGCCGCUUGAAGCUAAGUUUUUCCAUCUUCUGCGCUGAACCAGCUUCUCUCCUGACAGAUCUUGCUGUCAAUGACAACACAUGGCACUCUGUAAUAAUCAAGAGAAACUUCAAGAACACCACAUUGAUUCUAGACAAGGAGAGUAAGUGGGUAGAGGUGAAAUCAAAACGGAGAGAUAUGACCGUGUUUAGCAACCUUUUUAUUGGUGGGAUCCCACCCGAAUUACACGCUUCAACAUUAAAGUUAACAUUUCCAGCGGUAAAGGACCACAAUACCUUUCAAGGCUGGAUAAGGGACAUCCGAGUUAACUUCACAGACUCAUCUCCUGUAACCAGUAAUGAAAUUAAGAUGGAGGAUGAGACAGACCCAUGUGCCAAAGAUAACGUGUGCUUGAAUGGAGGAAUAUGCUCAGUAGUGAAUGAAGAAGCCAUGUGUGACUGUUCCCAGACUGGUUUCCAGGGAAAAGACUGCAGUGAAGAAGACAACCAUGUAGAAGGUCUGGCGCACCUGAUGAUGGGCGACCAAGGGGGAUUUGGAGAUACAAACAGAGGUAGUCUUUCCACAGGAAAAGAAGAAUAUAUCGCCACGUUUAAAGGGUCUGAAUACUUCUGCUAUGACUUAUCUCAAAACCCUAUACAAAGUAGCAGCGAUGAAAUAACGCUGUCAUUCAAAACCCUUCAGAGGAACGGACUGAUGCUGCAUACAGGGAAAUCAGCUGAUUAUGUGAAUCUUGCACUGAAAAACGGAGCUGUCUCGUUGGUCAUAAAUUUGGGGUCAGGGGCUUUCGAAGCUUUGGUGGAACCGGUGAACGGAAAAUUUAAUGACAAUAACUGGCAUGAUGUGAAAGUAACCAGGAAUCUGCGUCAGCACUCAGGCAUUGGACACGCUAUGGUAACAAUUUCAGUGGAUGGAAUUCUGACCACAACAGGCUACACUCAAGAAGACUACACCAUGCUGGGAUCUGAUGACUUUUUCUAUGUUGGUGGAAGCCCCAGUACAGCUGACCUACCAGGGUCACCAGUCAGUAAUAACUUCAUGGGCUGUCUUAAAGAGGUUGUAUAUAAAAACAAUGAUGUACGACUUGAAUUAUCCCGACUUGCCAAACAAGGUGACGCUAAAAUGAAGACUCAUGGCAUAGUUGCAUUUAAAUGUGAAAAUGUUGCUACUUUGGAUCCAAUUACUUUUGAAACGCCAGAGUCUUUUAUCUCAUUGCCAAAAUGGAACGCAAAGAAAACUGGCUCAAUAUCAUUCGAUUUCCGUACAACAGAACCAAACGGGUUAAUCCUUUUCAGUCAUGGAAAACCCAGACAUCAAAAAGAUGCCAAAAAUCCACAAAUGAUCAAAGUAGAUUUUUUUGCGAUUGAGAUGCUUGAUGGUCACCUCUAUUUGCUAUUGGACAUGGGUUCAGGUACCAUCAAGAUAAAAGCAUUAGUGAAGAAAGUGAAUGAUGGAGAAUGGUACCAUGUGGACUUUCAACGUGAUGGGCGGACAGGUACCAUUUCUGUCAAUAGUUUACGUACACCUUAUACAGCCCCAGGUGAAAGUGAAAUUCUUGAUCUUGAUGAUGACUUAUAUUUGGGUGGUUUACCUGAAAAUAAAGCCGGCUUAGUUUUUCCAACUGAAGUAUGGACAGCCCUUCUAAACUACGGAUAUGUUGGAUGCAUAAGAGACUUAUUUAUUGAUGGUCAGAGCAAAGACAUUCGUCAAAUGGCAGAAAUUCAAAGCACUGCUGGGGUGAAACCUUCAUGUUCUAGAGAGACAGCAAAGCCUUGCAUUAACAACCCAUGUAAAAACAAUGGUGUUUGUAGAGAUGGGUGGAACCGAUAUGUCUGUGAUUGUUCCGGCACUGGCUAUCUGGGUCGUUCUUGUGAGAGAGAAGCUACAGUUUUAAGCUAUGAUGGAAGCAUGUUUAUGAAGAUACAGCUCCCGGUGGUCAUGCACACAGAAGCAGAAGAUGUUUCAUUACGCUUCCGGUCCCAGCGUGCCUAUGGCAUUUUAAUGGCCACAACUUCAAGAGAGUCUGCAGAUACCCUACGUUUAGAACUGGACGCAGGGCGUGUUAAACUUACGGUCAAUUUAGACUGUAUCAGGAUAAACUGUAAUUCCAGCAAAGGUCCAGAAACACUUUAUGCUGGCUAUAAUCUAAAUGAUAAUGAAUGGCACACAGUACGUGUGAUUCGACGAGGAAAGAGUUUAAAAUUAAUGGUGGAUGAUCAACAAGACAUGACAGGUCAGAUGACUGGUGAUCACACAAGGCUGGAAUUUCACAACAUUGAGACAGGGAUAAUCACAGAGCGACGCUACCUGUCUGUUGUGCCUUCAAAUUUCAUUGGUCAUCUACAAAGUUUAACAUUCAAUGGCAUGGCAUACAUUGAUUUGUGCAAAAACGGUGACAUAGAUUACUGUGAACUGAAUGCUCGGUUUGGAUUUAGAAACAUCAUUGCAGACCCAGUUACCUUUAAGACGAAAGCAAGUUAUGUUGCACUGGCCACUUUACAAGCCUAUACCUCUAUGCACCUUUUCUUCCAGUUCAAGACUACAUCUCCAGAUGGACUGAUUCUUUAUAACAGCGGGGAUGGAAACGACUUCAUUGUAGUUGAAUUGGUCAAAGGAUAUUUACAUUACGUUUUUGACUUGGGGAAUGGUGCAAAUCUUAUUAAAGGAAGCUCCAACAAACCUUUGAAUGACCAUCAGUGGCACAAUGUCAUGAUAUCAAGGGACACCAGUAACCUCCAUACAGUUAAAAUUGACACAAAAAUCACUACUCAGAGCACAGCAGGAGCAAGGAACCUGGAUCUUAAAAGUGACCUAUACGUCGGAGGUGUUGCCAAAGAAAUGUACAAAACGUUGCCCAAACUAGUCCAUGCCAAGGAAGGAUUCCAAGGUUGCCUUGCCUCUGUUGACCUCAACGGACGUCUUCCAGACUUGAUCUCAGAUGCUCUUUUGUGUAAUGGACAAAUAGAAAGAGGAUGUGAAGUUGCAUUGAUGAAAGCUGACUUGCAAGGUCCUAGUACAACAUGCCAAGAGGAUUCAUGUGCUAAUCAAGGUGUUUGUUUGCAACAGUGGGAUGGAUUCAGCUGUGACUGCAGCAUGACCUCAUUUAGCGGACAUCUUUGCAAUGACCCUGGCACAACAUACAUUUUUACCAAAGGAGGUGGACAGAUCACAUAUACAUGGCCCCCUAACGACCGGCCUAGUACACGUGCUGAUAGACUGGCUAUAGGGUUUAGCACAGUACAGAAAGAAGCCGUCUUGGUUCGAGUAGACAGCUCCAGUGGACUUGGAGAUUACUUAGAGCUACAUAUUCAUCAAGGGAAGAUUGGAGUCAAAUUCAAUGUUGGAACAGAUGACAUUUCAAUUGAAGAAGUUAAUGCAAUCAUUAAUGAUGGGAAAUACCACAUAGUGCGUUUCACAAGGAGUGGGGGUAAUGCAACCUUACAAGUGGACAACUGGCCGGUUAUAGAGCGUUUCCCUGCAGGAAACAAUGAUAACGAACGCCUGGCGAUUGCUAGACAGCGAAUUCCAUAUCGACUUGGUCGAGUAGUUGAUGAUUGGCUACUCGACAAAGGGCGUCAACUCACAAUCUUCAACAGCCAAGCUACAAUUAAAAUCGGUGGAAAGGAUCGAGGACAACCCUUUCAAGGCCAGCUUGCUGGCCUCUACUACAAUGGCUUGAAAGUUCUCAACAUGGCAGCUGAAAAUGAUCCAAACAUUGUAAUAGAAGGAAAUGUGAAACUUGUUGGAGAUGUGCCUUCAUCGAUGACUACAGAAUCCACGGCCACAGCUAUGCAGUCAGAGAUGUCUACAUCCAUUAUGGAAACCACAACAACAUUGGCAACCAGCACGAGAAGGGGAAAGGUACCUACAAGAGAACCUGCUGGAUCGAGUACAGAUGACAUUUUGGUUGCUUCCGCUGAGUGCCCCAGUGAAGAUGAUGAGGAUAUUGAUCCGUGUGAGCCGAGCUCAGGUGGGUUAGCAAACCCUACAAGAGCGGGAGGAAGGGAAACUCCGGUUUCUACGGAGGUCAUACGGGAGUCCAGUAGCACCACUGGAAUGGUUGUAGGGAUUGUUGCGGCAGCAGCCCUGUGCAUCCUCAUCCUUCUUUAUGCUAUGUACAAGUACAGAAACAGGGAUGAAGGUUCCUAUCAUGUGGAUGAGAGUCGAAAUUACAUCAGUAACUCAGCACAGUCCAACGGGGCUGUAAUCAAGGAGAAACAGCCUAGUAGCACUAAAAGUUCUAACAAAAACAAGAAAAACAAGGACAAAGAAUACUAUGUCUGAUUCCAGCCGCUUAACGAACACGUGUAUAGAAAUAGUCUUCAUUUUAACUGAGACAUAAAAUUAACAAACUUAUUUACUUUACUUUUUAUGAAGCACAUUGAAAAAAAAGAAGACAGGGAAUGCAAUCAGAAAGGAAAGACUGUUUUUAAAAAAUAUAUAAAUAAAAAAAAUAUAAAAAAAAAAGUCAAGCAUAUCAUGGUUUUGUUUCCCAGAAACAGGAGCCAAACAAGAUUCCCAAUUAUCCACAGUGUUUUCAUCUACUCUGCCUGUCAUUAUAUGUCGCUGGAAUGUUUCAGAAAGACAAUAAGAAACAACGUUCUAGAAGCACUAGAGGAUAUAGGCACGAUAUUAAAGAUGCUACCUAUGAUUUUGGAUAUAGCCAAAGUGCUAGUGCUUUCUCCAAAAGUAAGUUAGUUUUAAUGCCAGCGAAGACUUGACUAAACUUACAAACAUCAGCGGCUUGCGGACUUUGUGCAAUGAAUCCAUGGUUGAAAUGUAUUCGUUCUAGAGUGCUGGCUUUUGCAGAAGACUUCUAUAUAAAAAAAAAAAAAAAACUUUCACAAAGCCCCUUUCUGGUCAUGAGGAAUACAUUAUGGAUGCCUUCUUUUCAGAAUUACGAAAUUUAAGGCAUUUUUUCAAACUAAAACAAGAGGGAUAGAUGCAAUCAUUGGGAAAUUUUCAUGCACGCUUAAUAUGUUAUUACAUAUGUUUAUAUAAAACACAUCUAUAUGUGCUUUCUGGACUGUGAUAAGUGAUGUUUUAUAGCCUGUUGUAUAGACAAUGCAAAAUAUAUCUGCUCUUCAGCCAUUUUUGGUAAAUAAAUGUUCUAAGUGUUGCUAGGUAUAGAACGUUUUCUGAUGUCUGAUGCAACAGACUGUUUCAGUUAUUUGCAUCCAUUAUCAAGUCCAAACCUUUUUUUUCUUUUUCUUUUAAUUAUAGUGAGUAUGCAGCAGGAGAUGAGUAUGAAUGUAAAUAAAAUGUUAAUAUUAUACAGCACAAUAGCCUACAUUCCACUGCGUUCAAGUUACAGUGUGCUGGGUCAAGCAGGUGUGAAAAUGUUUUCAGUCUCUUGUACCUAACCCAGAUAAAUGAAUAAAUCCAAGUUAAUCAUAAAGGCACUCAAAAUUUCAUUAAACUAGUUAAGUAGCUUAAAUUAGUAUUUUUUAAUCAGUUUAGUUGCUUUAUUUCAGAAAUAAUCAUAUUAUAGUUAUUCUUACGUUUAAUAGGAAGUUACUAACUGACUAUUCAUUGCUAAUAAUCAAGAUAUGGAUAUAUAUUGUCACAUUGAUACGACGAAUGACCCAAUAGACAAAACAAACAAAACAAUACGUAUUGUAUCUCCAUUUUCUUUUAAAAAAGGCAGCCAUUAAAUUACAUGUUACAUUUAUUUUAUUUUAUUGCCAAUAUUAUUUUUCCCUAUCUAUCUAAAAAAAAAAUAAAGAGUUUAUUCUUCGACUUAAAAAGCAUGCUUAAAUAUUUUUGUUAAAAAAAAAAAAGAAGUAUGCAAUAUCACAAGAUAAAGUAUUUUACAGUAUAGUGAUAUGAAAGAAAAAUUAGCAGUUGCAUAUAUUGUCAAUUAAAAGUUUUCAGGGUUAUAAGAGACAUUAUUCUACAUUCUAAUUACGUAGCUAUCUCCUUUGUAUAUUGUUUGAUUAGGCUCAUGGCAAAAGACCACAGAGUAACAUAUCACUCAUAAGGAAACGCAAAGAGAAUACAUUAGUCUGCAAGUGGGUACUUCAAGAGAACUCAGUCUACUUACUCGAAGGCCUCCUGGGAGGAAUAGAAAUGUUCACACAUUAUAGACAGGAAGGAAGAAUUUAAAAUUAAUUUAAACAGCAGGGCAACAAAGCAAGAGACCUUGUUUUAUUCAGUCAGUUACUGAUAAAUAAUCUUUGAAUUCCAGGCAUGUUCACUUGAGCUUUCAAAACACAAUGCAGUUGACAAAAAUUCUAUUACUUAGGGUUGUCAAACACAUUUUGUACUUUAUAAUGGCAUUUGUAAGACCUAUUUGACUAAUUUAGGAAAGUCGUAUCUAGCACACAAAUAAAAAAAAACAAAUAUUUCAGUAGUUACUGUUCUAAAUCUGCCUAUGAAAAGAACAGGGGUAAAUGUUUUUGUUAGUUUUUAUCUUUUUUGCUUUAGAGCUACUGUGGUUGAAGUAGUGGCAAACAGUAGCAAAACUACCACUUACUGGCCCCUGCUUUAAAAUCCCCAAAUAGACCCCAGUGAAAGUCAACUGUACUCAGGGAAAGACAGUUAAUUGAUGAUUUAGACAAAAGAAAGUUCAAUGUUACUGGUUCUCAACCGAUGUGAGAUAUUGUGUAUAUACCAUGCCCUAAACUAGCCUUGCCAAACUAUUACGUCAGCUGUGAUAUAGAAGGUAACAAAACGGAUUUAUGAAACAUGGAGUAUUUUAUUUUAUUAUUGAAAAUGUCAAUUUUUUGUUUGAUAUUUUCUAUGUGAACAAAUGAUUUGCCAACACUAUACACAAACAUACACACUUAUGAAUUUACUAAGAGCUAAUUUUUUGAAAUAUUUUAAUUACAAACUGUUUGUAUUAACAUGUUUACCUUAAAUUUUGUUACAAAUGUUUUACAUUUAGUUGAGAAUAUUGUAUCACAGUAUGUAUGUAAUUUUGCAUUACGCAUCUCAAAACCAUAUCAUGUAAAGCCUGUCAUUGCCAAAGGAGGCCUGCAACUCGUUAAGUUGCACUGAGUUGGAAGCCCCAUUCAUUAAAUAAUUAAACAUUCUGAAAGUGAUAGCUAAACUUGGCAUACGAGAUGUUCGUGAGCUACAUUUACCGUGAUGCCCAGACAGCAUUCAGAGAAGUUUAAAACACAAUAAUCUGGGGUACCAAGUUUAGCCAUCAAUAUGCUACGACCUAGAACAUUUAAGUUGUCCAGUAUUAUGCUGGAAUCAGUCUGGAGGAGGUGGCUUAUAUCCAGUCCUGUAAUGUGUUGCCUUUCCAAUAAAAUGCAAACUUGUGAUAUGCAUCAUUCCCCAAAAGGAAAUAAAAAAAAAAUCAAGAUGUCCAAAGCCCCUUUAUUGUUAUUGUGUGAUAGAUAUUUACAAUUAUUUUAUUUUGUUGCAAGGCCAAGUUAUCCAUUAUCAGAAAUGCUAAGCAAGUGGAAUUUAUUGUUUUGUUAAUAAAAUGUUUCUUAAUACACUAAA